GAGUCUCCUUGCUGACAGGGGAGAGCACCGAUGGGCCGACCCGCGGGGUGAGAAGAGGCUCUGUGUUUGUUUUCUCCGAGAGAGUUUGUUUUCCCCAGCUGCUCACGCAGCUCGGGCCAAGCAAAGCACGCACGGCCCGGAGCCCUCAGCAGUCCACCGCGAAGCUCGAACUGUGCCGCGUCUCCCCCCACGCUCCCGAAGCGGCUGCCGGGACCCUCACCCGAGAACCUCAGGGGGAGCCGCUCUUCUCGCCGGCCCUCGAACCCGGGGUUCACGCAGGCACCCGGAGAAGGCGUGAGAGGGGCACGACCCGCUCCACCCCCGUUCCUCCCCCCCGCCGCGGGCAGCUCUCGGCGCUGGGUCGGACGCGAGGGGCGCGAGGGGGAAUGAGUCGCGGCUGCACCGGCUGGAGGAGGAGGAGGAGGAAGAGGGAAGGAGGGAGGGCAGGAGGGAGGGAGCGACGGAGGGAGGAAACUUGGGGCAGGUGACACCGCGCUCUGUUCCUCCGGCUAGGCGGGAGACGGCUCCUCUGCGCCUCGCAGGCGGGCAGCGCCAUGCACGUCAAUGGCAAGGUGGCUCUGGUCACCGGCGGGGCUCAGGGCAUCGGCCGAGCAUUCGUCCAGGCGCUGCUGGGCAAGGGAGCCAAGGUAGCGCUCCUGGACCGCAACCCCGAGGCCGGGCAGCAGAGCAAGGCGGCCCUGGACGAACAGUUCGAAGCGCAGAGGACGGUGUUCAUCCAGUGCGACGUUACGGACACGGAGCAACUGAAAGGUGCUUUCAAAAAAGUAAUCGAGCAUUUUGGAAGGCUGGAUAUUGUGGUUAAUAAUGCUGGAGUGAACAAUGAGAAGGACUGGGAAAGCACUAUACAAAUUAACUUGACAUCUGUGAUUAGAGGAACCUACCUUGGUCUAGAAUAUAUGAGAAAAGGAAAUGGAGGUGAUGGAGGAGUAAUCAUUAAUAUCUCAUCAUUGGCAGGACUCAUGCCUGCUGCAUUCCAACCUGUGUACUGUGCUACAAAGCAUGGUGUAAUUGGAUUUACACGCUCAAUAGCAUUAGCUGCUAACAUGGAAAACUAUGGUGUGAGACUCAACACAAUUUGUCCAGGAUUUGUCAACACACCAAUUCUUCAAUCAAUAGAUAAAGAAGAGAAUAUGGGACAAUAUUAUUCAUAUAAGGAUGAGAUCAAAAAUAUGAUGCAGUUCUACGGUGUGAUGGACCCAUCAAUAAUUGCUGAAGGACUGAUAACAAUAAUUGAAGACGAUACUCUGAAUGGAGAAGUUAUGAAGAUUACAGCAUCCCAAGGGAUUCAUUUUCAAGAAUACAGCCAAACACCUUAUACAUCAAAGAGAUAAAUCAAAUUGUUUUACUCUAAUUAUCUUUUGAUUUUUAAAAUAUAAAAAAAUGUUAGAUAAACUUUUGGAAAAAAGGUUAAUGGUGUAUCUAAAUCAGUGACAGUAUUCCAACAUUCACACCCCAAUUGCAGAGAUGGAGAAGAAAAUCCAAUAUGGGAAAAAUGUUAUCAAACUUAUUUUGAUUUCAUAUAUACUAGUAUAUUUUAUUCAAUAGAAUAUAUGCACUGCUCUGAAGAUUUCUGAUUGUAUAAUAACAAGGGCCAGUUUUUUCCUUCUUGUAGUUCUGUGCAAUUAUCCAGUCUGUAUACUCCAUACAUAUUCUGGUGCACCUGACUUUGUACAUUUACUUCUGUGAAAAGAAUUGUAUUAUUUUUUACAUCUUGAAUUCUUCAAACCAAGAUUUCAGUUCAGGAUAAACCUUUAAAAAUUAAGAACUUACUUUUUCUUAUAUGUACACAGAAAAAUAGAAUAAGAGGCAAAAUUCUUGUUCCUCAUUUAAACAUGCAACUGAAUAUGUAGCAUAUCAUACACAGAAGAACAGAUUUUUUUUCCUCUGGAAUUAUACCUAUUUAUAAACUACUUCUAAAAUAUUUGUUUUCUUUUUUAUAUAUAAAUAUAUGUAUAUAUAUAUGAAUUUUCAGUCUUUGUACAUACAAGGAUGACUACUUUGGCAUUGAUUGAAAUGUCUAUUUACUCAUUAAAUCUCACUUUCUGAAUCUUUAAAUCUAAUUUCCUGCCUUGACUGAUUAAAACCUGAAUUAAAUUCUGA